AUGAGCUUCCCGUUCACACCAACACCGAAGCCGCCAGGCACAUAUUUCCAGACUCCGGCGCCCUCGCGCUCUCAUGGACCUCUGUUCGCCUCUAGACCUCUCUCUCCGCCCUCAGGCAACGUUGCGGGCUCGAAUCUAGGUGCCUCUACCGCCGCUCGGCCCAAGAUGCCUGCCCCAGAGAUCAAGGCAAAGCCCGAAUCAAUAAGCCCACGAGAGCGAGCAGCGCGGACAAUAGACGAGGCGCUCCUGCAGGAGUCGCGGUACCCGGAUCUAGACAGCUAUCUUUCUCAGGGCUACUCUUCGGACUAUGAUAUACCUAGCUCACCGGCAUGGGCGCCGUUCCAGAAAGUGAAGAUGUAUAGGAUUCCAGAUCAGAUAUUCGAUCAGUAUAAUCGUGCGCAGGUUUCAACCAGCAUGGGUUUGUUUGCGGAGCUAAACCACGCCUGGGUUACAAUCGACAAUGCACUUUAUCUCUGGGAUUAUACGCAUCCAAAUCCUCAAUUGAUAGGGUUUGAGGAACAGCCGAAUAGCAUCAACAUGGUCAAGCUUGCGCGGCCUAGAAAAGGCGUGUUUCUGCCGGCUGUCACUCAUAUGCUUGUGAUAUCUACCACAGCUGACGUUUUCCUCAUGGGACUUGCGUGUGAAAACACUGGCGGAUAUAAAUCAGUGACUAUAUAUCAGACUGGCAUGUCUGUGCCUAUCAGAGGGCUGGAUAUCAAUGUCAUUGCCUCAUCAGACUCAACUGGACGAAUCUUCUUUGCGGGGUCUUCAGACAAUGAUGUGUAUGAAUUGACAUAUCAGCAAGAGGAGCGAUGGUUCCAGGGCCGCUGCAGCAAAGUCAACCAUACAACCAAGAGCUUUACCGCCUUUACGCCUCAGUUCAAUCUCCGGAACAAACCAACUGAGUUCGUGGAGCAGAUGGUAGUUGAUGACAGCAGGAACCUCUUAUACACCCUGUCUUCAAACUCGUCUAUUAGAGUCUUUCACCUGAAGGCCGAUGGGUCCGUUAACCUUACGAUCACCAAAACCGCCAUCGACAUCUAUUCUAACAUCGGCCAUAUCAUUACUUCAAAUGAAACACUCAACCCGAGGGUUAAGAUUGUCUCUAUCAGUCCCAUCCCAGCCCCAGAGGCGUCCAGGUACCACCUUAUGGCCACAACCGCUACCGGCUACCGAAUCUACCUCAGUGCUACUGGCUCAUACAGCUGGUCUGCCACCCCAAAUGCAAACAAUGCUCCUACCAGCAUGCAGGCACAGCACGUUAAAACCCCCCCAUCCGACUCUCCUUCAGACCAGGCCCCACAGGCUGCCCCAGUCCCAGGAGCCCCAUUCCAUACUACAGGGCCUUCGAAAGUCUCAAUACAUUCGUUAAACCCUACUAGCUCCGCCGAACGAUUUCCACCUGGGUACUUUUUCUGUUUCACACAGAAAGGCAACGCCAACCAAGCUGAUACAUUGUUUAUUUCUACCCCAGACUCCGGGAAGCUUGCACUACCCCGGGAUCCCUCUACGCCUAUAAAGCCAGAGGAAACUGGCAUUUGGCUCACUCUUGGUAGCCGAGCGGAAGCAAUCGGCCUCUACACCCCAUAUGACCAAGGUGGCCCAACGAACAGCGGCUUUGGAAACGAGCUGGCCGUCCAAUUCGAUAAACCGGCUGCUGAGAUUGCUGUUUUGACCAACACCGGAGUUCAUAUUAUCCGCCGAAGACGGCUCGUUGACAUGUUUGCGUCUCUUAUUCGUAACUCGGACGGAGAGGAUGGAUUAGAAGAUCGUGUCCAGACAUUUAUUCGGAUAUAUGGCCGAAGUGAAACCAUUGCAACUGCAUUGGCUGUGGCGUGUGGUCAGGGGAUGGAAGUCUCACCAGACUCCCGUCUUUCACAAAUCAAUGAUCCCGACGUUCUUGAGUUUGCUCGGAAGGUUUUCAUUGAGAAGGGAGGAAAGGCAACCAUCAAUGAAAACGCGGUUACCGAUGGAUCUGUCCCUGCUAUUGAUACGGUUCUUCCUUCUCCUCGGCACGCGGGAAUUGCAUUGUAUACCUCUAGACUUCUGCGGUCUAUCUGGAAGACAGUAAUAGCCAAGCAGGGACGAACGCCUGCUGGAGGCCUUUCCAUAUCCCCAGCCGUAUCGACUUCUACCUUGCUCACCAUUCAGCGUGAUCUCUCUGCUCUCAAAGACUUUUUCAACACAAACCGAACAUUCAUCGAGGGCCUGAGCGGACCUGACGCUCUAUCGAAAGUAGCAACAAAACAGGAGGAGGUUGCUUUACAGGCUGAGCACAGAGGUCUUCACUCCCUUGUACAGUUAAUCUCACAUACCAUUGAGGGGAUUUCGUUUAUUCUCGUUCUUUUUGAUGAUAGAGCCGAGGACGUCAUUGCCCUGUUGAAUGAGGACGCCAGAAACCGUUUCUUGGAGUUGACCUUUGAGCAGCUUUUCGCCACUUCCAAGGGUCAUGAGACAGCAAAAGAGCUUGUCAAGGCUAUCGUUAACCGGAAUAUUGCCAAAGGGUCUAAUGUUGAAACAGUCGCUGAAGCUUUGCGACGAAGAUGUGGCACAUUCUGCAGCCCUCAGGAUGUUAUUGUAUUCAAAGGACAGGAACUUCUCAAGAGAGCCACUGAAGCUGGUCCAAACUCUGAGGUUGGCAGAAAUUUGCUAAAUGAGAGUUUGAUGCUUUUCCAACAAGUGUCAGAGAGUCUCCCUAUGGAUUAUUUGAAACCCAGCAUUGAGCAAUAUAUCCAAAAUCAGUUCUUUGCAGGUGCCAUACAACUUGCUCUCAGCGUAGCUGCUGAUUCUGAUAAAGCAAAUCAUGCUCUUUCUUGGAUCAUGGAUGGAAGACCGGCAGAGGACCCUCGAAAGGAUGCUUAUGACUCCCGACAGCAAUGCUACGACCUCAUCUACAAGGUCAUCCUUGCUGUGGAUGAGCUUUCCGAGCAGGACAACUCCGAAGGCCCCUACAGCCUGAUCUCACGAAGAAGAGCUGAAGCAUAUGACGUUAUUACCACCUCGCGGGACGAGGUUUUCCUCACGAGCCUUUAUGAUUGGUAUCUCGCACGCGGAUUGAGUGACAGACUCCUCGAGAUCAGGUCUCCAUUUGUUGCUACCUAUCUUGAGAGGAAGUCGACAGAAGAUAUAUUCCACGCUGACUUGCUAUGGAAAUAUUACGCACAGUCAGACCGAUUUUAUGACGCAGCUGUUGUGCAACUUCAACUUGCGAAGAGUCCAUUCAGACUUACUUUGAACCGGAGAAUCGAGUACCUGGGUCAGGCAAGAGCAAACGCGUCUGUACAUUCACCUGAUGUUGGACGAGCAGCGCGACAGCGUCUCCAGCACGAAGUCGAGGAGCUCCUAGAUGUUAGCCAUGUUCAAGAUGAUCUAUUGCAACGCCUCAAGGAUGAUCCAAGACUAGACAAUGAUCGCCGAGCUGACGUACUAGAGAUCAUGAAUGGAGGCAUCAUGGAGAUCAGCAAAAUGUAUAAUGAAUACGCAGCUCCUGGAAACUAUCAUGACAUUUGCCUUCAAAUCAUGUACCUUGCAAACCACCGCAAUGCUUCCGACAUCACCACUACCUGGCAGGAUCUGAUCCAAGGAGUCCAUGAGGAGACCUUGAAGAACGGAACACCUCUACCCUAUGAAGCUGUCAUCGAGAAGGUCCGCAGUCUGGCACUCAGACUUAGGAUGUCUGACGUUGCUUUCCCAGUCAAAACCCUCCUUCCAAUGCUAGAGCGUUACAAGCUUGAGCACCAGAAGAACGACGGACCUCCAACCUGGGUUGUCGACCUUUUCCUCGAGCUACAGGUCGAACCAGAAGUUCUAUAUACCGUCCUUGAGUCCUUGUUUUACAAUGACGAGGUACCAUUCCACGGGGCUAAUAGAAAGUUCAUUGGUAAUGACCUCGCAUACCUAAUCUCAAGGUGGUUCAACGAAACCUCCCGUCUCGGUGGUGCUGCUUUUGGAAGUGAUGUGAUUGCCACGAGGGUUUCUGAAAUGUUGCUCUUACUACAGCAGUCUCGAUUGGAUAAAGAUGUGGUGCAAGCAUGCCGAGACAUGAGGGUCAAGCUCGAGCAGUCCUUCCGAUAA